AUGGCCACACUCACUAACUUGAAGCGCGCCCUAAUACUCAACGCCAACGCCAUAAUCUCCUCCUCCCCCAGAAACUCUCUAACCGACGAGCAAUAUGCAGCCGGCUUCGACGCCUUUAUCCAAGGUCAUGGAUGGGCAACCUACCGCGACUUCAUCAUUCCCGAACUAUCCUACCUGCUGGCCCCUCUGCAUAAAUCGAACGCCCUGGUUUCGGUUCUGGAGAUAGGGCCAGGGCCAAAGAGCGUUUUUGGUCAUCUACCCGAGAGCCUGAGAAGGAAAAUUGGGACAUAUACUGCUUUUGAGCCUAAUCUAUUGUUCGCGUUGCAGUUGAAGAAGUUUUUGAGCAGCGAUGGAAAGUCGGGUACGAUGUCGAACGCUCCAUUCGUAGGCUUAGAGAACGGUCCUACCAUCCAUCAGGCUCCAUUUGGUUCAGAUGACGAAAUGGCAAGGAUCAAGAAGUACGACAUCAUCCUGUUUUGCCAUAGCAUGUAUGGUAUGAAGCCGCAGCACAAGUUUAUUCAGCAGGCGUUGAAGAUGCUCAUCGACGGUGGAGUUGUCGCCGUCUUCCAUCGCGCCGAAGGUCUGCACAUCGAUGGUUUGGCCUAUCACCAUACAGCUUCCUCUCCUACUGGGCUCGUCGGUGUAGCAGACGAUGACGACGCGUUGGAUCGCUUUGCGUCUUUCGUCGCUGGCUUCACCAUGCAAGAUACUGACGAAGACAAGGCUGUUCGAGCGUUGUGGCGAAAGCUAUGCCGUGAUUUGGCCCGCCAUGAAGAUGCUCAUCCGAAAAUCCUUCUAUUCAGUGCGCCUGAAGUGAUGAUGACUUUUAACCAACACGCAGAUACGGUGUCAGAGUUGGAGAUGUGUAUGCCUCUGGUGCUAGAGAAGAGAAUGGUUAAGAGCAAGGAAGCUCGUCUGCAGCACCCUGCCACUAUUGUUAGACCGGAGAGCGUGGAGAACGUGCGAGAUUGCAUCCGGUGGGCACUCAAGCAUGGGCUGGGUUUGACUGUUGUUGGUGGAGGACAUAGUGCGCACUGUCUCAGGUCCAAUGUUGUGGCUAUUGACAUGAGUGCUUUCGACGAUGUACAUGUGCUUAGAGGGGUAGAGAAGGAUGAAAAGGAAGACACUAGCUCAGGUGCAUUGGUCGUCGUCGGGGCCGGAUGUAAGACAGAUGACAUCAUCAGCAAGACGCUAAGUGAGGAUCUUACGGUACCCCUAGGAUCUCGUCCAAGUGUUGGAAUUGGCCUCUGUUUACAGGGUGGCAUCGGACAUCUUACUAGACUACAUGGACUCACCUGCGAUAACAUAGUUGGCGCUGUGAUGGUCAGCGUAGCUUCUGGAGAGAUCUUCUAUGUCGGUGGUGUUCCGAGUGAGCAUCGCCCAGUGGGAGCCAGCCGUCCUGACAACGAAGCUGACGUACUGUGGGCUCUGAAAGGCGCCGGAACGAACUUUGGUGUUGUGAUCAGCGUCAUAGUGAAGGCUCAUCCCGCUCCAACCUACGUAACGCGGAAUUGGGUACUUCCACUGAGUGGCAAGGCCGAUGCCAAGAGAAGACUUCGCGAUUUCGAUGAGAUAGUCGCAAAAGAGUGCGAUUCCCUUUGCUCAGCUGACGCAUACCUCUAUUGGGAGAACGGACGACUGAACCUUGGAAUGACGACAUAUGAAAUACUCACAUCCUCCACGCCACCUACGAUAAGCAGAUCCAAGCCCGAAGGCGAUAUAUGGGGAACAGAGAGCAACUUCAAAACCAUGAACGGCUCGGAAGCGUUCGAGGCCGAGAUGUACAUGUCCGCAAUGCACGGUGGGCACGGCGGCGGCAAAACGUCAUCCUUCAAACGAUGUGUGUUUCUCAAGGGUAUUGGAAAGUAUAGGAUUGCUCAUCGCUUAGUCGCAGCGGUCGAAUCUCGUCCAUCGCCAUUCUGCUAUCUUCAUCUGCUACACGGUGGCGGAAAGGCUCGCGAUGUCGCAUGGAAUGCAACUGCUUUUGGUUGUCGAGACUGGGACUUCGCUUGCGUCAUCACGGGGGUAUGGCCUCGGCAUGAAGAUGGUACUCAUGUUAUGCAUGCUUCAGUGCAAUGGGUAUACAAAGUCGUCGAGAGCUUACUGCCCUUGAGCGAUGGGACGUACGGAGCGGAUCUUGGCCCAGACCCCCGAGAUGGACCGUUAGCUGAGCGAGCUUUCGGACCGAAUGCCGUACGUCUCGGUUGUCUCAAGCGCGUGAUGGAUCCUCACAACGUGUUGGCAUGGACUUGUCCGCUGCCGAAACCACCAUUGCCAAAGCUCAUCAUCCUUGUUACUGGUGAACAUGGUGCUGGUAAAGACUAUUGUGCUGCCGUAUGGGUUUCCGUCUUCACGGCACUACAAGGCAACGCGUCUUUCUCAAUGCUCGGCAUCCGCGCGCAAACUGUACGCAUUAGUGACGCGACGAAAAGUGAAUACGCUGAGGCUACAGGUGCUGAAUUUGGUCGCCUCUUAGAGGACCGUGCGUACAAGGAGCAGCAUCGUGCAAAGUUGACGGCCUUCUACCAGGAGCAGAUGCGACGACGACCGAGGUUACCCGAAGACCACUUCCAGAAACUCGUGCAUGAUGCCACAGACGCGAAUAUCGAUGUUCUGUUCAUCACAGGUAUGAGAGAUGAGGCACCUGUCGCAUGCUUCUGCCAUCUAGUGCCGGAGAGUAAAGUGAUCGAAGUCCACGUUGAAGCCAGUGAGGCCUUACGAGUCGUUCGUGGGGUAGUGGCCGAUAAUGAGGAAAAAGUGACGGCUUCGCAAUAUCGCCCAGACUUGACCUUCGAAAACGACCUACCAGGAGAAAAGGCAGUACGUGAGUUUGCUGAAUCUCACUUAAUUCCGUUGAUUCACAACGACCUCCAUCGACUGGCUGAUAUGGUGUGCUCAGUCCCAGAUUUCCCCAGGCCAGGCAUCCAGUUUCGGCAUGUACUUGGGAUCUCGCAGCGGCCAGGCGGUCUUGCUCUUUGCGCAUCACUGCUACAGAGUCAUUUCACCGGAACUUGGGCAAAAGUUGAUGCCAUCGUAUGUUGCGAGGUGGGCGGCCUCGUUUUUGCGCCGGCGUUGGCCUCGCAGGUUGGAGUGCCCCUUUUGCCGAUUCGCGAAGCUGGUAAGCUUCCACCGCCUACCUUCUCCGUCACCAAAGAUGCGUCGUAUAUCUCUUCUUUAGCUUCUGAUCAACCAAAGGUCGAGAAGCGCAUUGAUAUAGAGCGGGGCGCAAUCCUCGGCUGCGAGACAAUUGUAGUGGUGGAUGAUGUAUUGUCGACAGGUGAGACGCUUUGCGCGGUACUAUCUCUUUUGAAAGAGGCUGGUGUAGAGACCGUCAUGGCCGUGGUCGUCGCAGAAUUUCCAGCCCAUCGUGGGCGUAGGUUAUUGCGAGAGCGUGGAUUCGGUAUGGUUAAUGUGCAGAGCCUGCUUGUGUUUGGUGGUAAUUAG